GAUUUUUACACUUGGCAUCAGAUGGACUACUGACUGUCUAGGCGUACUUUGCGAAUCCAGACAAAGCAGAGAAGAAAUAAGUCCAACUGCAACAAUGGAGAAUGACAGAUCUAACUACCAACGUGGAAGGAAAGUUUGUGGAUUCAACUGUAAAACUUACUGAGAAGGUGAAACUGGAAUGCAUAUAUCCAAAAGAUGCUGUCAUAAUCCAGACAUCCUGGAUGAAAUUUAAUGUAACUCAUAAAGAAAAUAUAGCUGUCUUGCAUCCAAUCUAUGGUGUACACAUUGAAGACAAAUACAAUGGAAGAAUUUAUUUUGAAAAUGCUUCCAGGGAAGACAAGUCCUUAUCAUUCAUCAAGAGCACUUUGGAGGAUAUUGGUCUUUACUUUUGCUCCAUUGUAACUUACCCAGAUGGAAUUUGGGAAAAAGUAAUAGAAAUUAUUCAGCCAGAUGCUUUUGAAAUAUCUGAGAAACAAAAUACUCACGUGUUUACCAAGCCAGGAGGAGAUGUUGCUCUUACCUGUCCUUAUAAAAUUGGAGAUUCAGUGCAGCAAGUGUUGUGGGAAAGGAUUAAAGCAGAUCAGGUAGACACCAUGGUUCUGUGCCACUCAUCAGGAAAGCAAAGUUUUGGUUCAGAUUUCAAAGAGCGUACACAGGUGGAUUGCUCUGAUCAGGCAAACUCCAUGAUCGUCAUUCAAAACAUUACCAACUCUGACUUUGUGACGUACCGCUGCAUAGCUACUGGAAGAAACAAAACCUAUGUGAUGAGUUUUACUGUGUCUGCAACCUGGGAUCAUAAAUUGUUUAUUAUCUACAUAGCCGGAGGAAUUUCUGCUGCUGUCUUACUGUUAGUUUUCCUAUUGAUCUUCUACAUCACCACUGCUUAUUGCAAAAACAGAAAGAAGAGGAAAAGGACCACAGAGGCCUUAUCAAAAGCUUUAUACUCUACUCAGAUCCAGUCUGCUAACAGUUAUGGAAUAUCCAAUUUUCAUGGCACACGGCACACAGGAAGAAGAGGAGAAGAAUCAUCACUCAGGCAGACAGAGGAGAUUUACGUCAACUGCAAAAAUGUGUCACACAAAUCUAAGACAAGACCAUUAGAUUCCUUCUUAAGAAUGAAGUAACCAAAGCACAGGACUUAUAUUUGCAGCUUUGACGUUAUUUUCUUUGUGCUGGCGAAACGCGGAAGGUCAAAUUGGCUGUGCCGAGCACUGCCUGGGCUGCUUGGGCUGGACAGCCAGCCUGGGCCACCUUACAGCAGGUGUGUCUGUGUUGUAUUGCAGCCGGCAGCAUUAACGUAUCCUUUGAUUAAUAUAUAGAAUUAAGGAUUAUUUGUAAUACUUCAAUUAAAACAUUUUUACCCAGUAGGUGUGCUCUCAAGUGAGAAUUUUAGAACAGCCCUGGUAUGCAGAAUGGAGAUGCAUAUGUGUACAUAAAGUUAAUUUGGUCCGAGAAAUCUAUGUGUCUGAGAAGCCUAUGUGACGGGGUGAGAAAGAAAAUGUGCUUGAUGUUAUCUAUGUCCAUGAUUUUCGCAUCUCAAAUUGAGAGCUCUAUAGAAUAACAAACAUCCAUGAUUUUCCACACAGGAGGUGUUAUUUUGCUGCUGGGCAAACAGUACUACUCAGCUGACAAAAGCAAAUAUAUCAGGGAUCCUUGAACCUAGAUUUACAAGUAUGAACAGAAGCUUGCUAUCUGACAGCUGUGUGUUUUACACUUACCGCAGUUAUUUCAGCGCUUUCUACUUGGGAACAGAA